UCCUAUAACUCAUUAUAGAUUCCUUUCUUUUUCUAUAGAGACUUUUUAGACAGUAGACACAAUAACGUGCAGUCACACUACCCCGGUUGAUCAUCUAAAUCGCCUGCUCUAACUCAAAAGGACCGGAGCAAGUCCAGAGGUGGUUCUCUAUUAAGAAGAACAUGUGAUAUGGACAACUACAGCUCAACCGUAGAGAAAAAAUGACAAAAGAAAGGACAGCAGUGGAAAAAGGAGAAGUUUCUCAAAUUGAGAAACAAUCUUCUUUUCACCGUUUUUUUGUUUGUUUGUUUUUUUUUUCUUUUUAAUCUUUAAAUGAAGAGUUGUAGACUGAUUUAGUUAAGUUCAUGUUAGUCUAUGAGGGUUAUACUUAAAAGGGUGAGCCAACCACUAACCAUCCUCACUUAACUUGUAUUCCAUUUUUACUCUAGAGGAAAGACAAAUGAAAAACCAUUAUUGUUCUUGAGAAAUUUAAGUCCCAACCAACUUUAUCGACCUCUAUUUAUAUCAAAUCCUUCUUGCCAGCUAAACCAACCAUAAACCACCAACCAUUUCGUUCAAACAUUAGAAUUUAGUGUUAAAGUACUAAGGGAAAGAAAAAAUUAAAAAAAACAGAGAAAAUCAAUGAAGGCAGAGAAGGCUAUUAACUGGUUCUUCUUAGUACAUAUUUUAUUCCAAUUUCUUAAAAUACAUGCAAAAGUUCCAGCCAUAAUUGUGUUUGGAGACUCUUCUGUCGAUGCAGGUAACAAUAACGCGAUUUCGACCCUCUUGAAGAGCAAUUUUGAGCCAUAUGGCCGGGACUUCUUUGGUGGCAAGGCUACAGGAAGGUUUUCUAAUGGUCGGAUUCCAACAGACUUCAUCUCUGAAGCUUUUGGUAUCAAACCAAUUAUACCAGCUUAUUUGGAUCCAACUUAUACCAUUGAGGAUUUUGCUACUGGAGUCUGCUUUGCUUCUGCUGGAACUGGUUAUGACAAUGCCACUUCAAAAGUCUUAUCUGUGAUACCAUUUUGGAAGGAGUUGGAGUAUUACAAGCAAUACCAGAAAGACUUGAGAAGCUAUCUAGGCAAUGAGAAAGCUAAUGAGGUUAUAAGAGAAGCACUAUACUUGCUAAGUAUAGGGACAAAUGAUUUUUUAGAGAAUUACUUCUUAUUCCCAAAUGGAAGAUCUUCUCAAUUUUCCAUUGAGGAGUACCAAGAGUUUCUUGUUGGGAUUGCUAGAAAUUUUGUUACACAGCUUUAUAGCCUUGGAGGUAGGAAGAUAUCUAUUGGUGGGCUUCCUCCAAUGGGCUGUUUACCAUUGGAGAGAGCUACAAAUUUCUUAUCUGGGGGUGAAUGUAUAGAAAAGUAUAAUGAUGUAGCUAAGCAAUUUAAUCAGAAGUUAAUUGGUUUGGUUAAAGAGCUCAAUAUGAAACUUGUUGGAAGUUCUUUUGUGUAUUCAGAUCCAUAUGGUCUUCUCUAUGACAUGAUUCAGAAUCCGUCUACUUAUGGAUUUGAAGAUGUAGCAGUAGCAUGUUGUGGGACAGGAUUCUUUGAAAUGGGAUAUUUGUGUGAUAUGAUGAACCAUUUUACAUGUAAAGAUGCAAAUAAAUAUGUAUUUUGGGAUUCUUUCCACCCAACAGAGAAAACCAAUGCUAUUGUAGCUGACCAUGCUGUGAAAGGCUCUCUGGCUCAGUUUCUGGUUUAAUAUCUAAUGAGCACAAUAGUCUUCUGUGUAAGUUUAUUGUAGAUGAAUGUAAAAGUAAUAUUUUUUCUUUUC